UGCAAAACAAAAAACUUUUGACGUAAAUUUGACAAAAGCUGUAUCCCAUCUAGACAUGACAAUCUACCGUCCAUGAGUGGCGUUUGAGCAGAGAGGAAGAGGAAGAGAGAGGCCCAACUCGGCGGAAAGUCUGUCGCCCUCCAGCAGGUUGCGUUUUUUUCCCGUUGCUUCGCAAUGAGUUUUUGUAUGGAGGCCAAUGGGAGUUUCGAAUUUGGUCAAUCAAAAAAUUAAUGGUUUAUUGGCUACGUGAGGAUUAUUUGAUUGAAUAUUAGUUUCGUAAUGCUUAAAGUUGUUAGUGUACUGAUAUAAGUAGGACACGUGACAUCCCGGCAACUGAGAAAAAACACUAUCGGAGUUGUCUCGGGAUGGCUAUGGAUAUUCAUGGCAUGAGGCUAGUAACAUAGCAUCUCUCUCCAGUGAAUACAGGCGGUUCAAAAAAGGAUUAUAAUGAGAUAUCCACCAAUCCAAAGAAAGGAUCCCGCCGUGCCGCUUUGUGGACAACUACUCCCAUUGUUUGGGCAAAGAGAUGUAUCUUGUCAGUAUAUCCAUCAUCUUUGGUUUGAGCAAUACUAUCAGUUCCGCCAUUGAUGGAGUCCCUGAAGAAAAUUACACACAGCUUGACACGUUUUGUUCUUAGUAUGUACUCGAUGUCUGUAUUUCCACAAUUUAAUUUGGUGUCGUGUUAAUACAGACUGUUGUCUACAUCUACAUUAUUGGAUUUGCAUAUACUGUACACAGAAGUUGUCAAACCUCCUGCAUCGUUAGCAGCUCGGUGUAGUUACCGCUAUUAUGACAGUGCCAGUCACGUACACCUAGCCAGCAGCGAGCGUGCCGUGCACGGGUGCGUCGCCCGUGCGCUUCACUUCAUGGAUCCAAGAAUCGCUUGGUUCCAGCCAGAACAGCUCGGCACUGCCAACAGCGCGUGGUUGAAGAUUUGGAUAACGACUCAUGGUCUGGGCAAUUUCAGUUUGAAUAAUCAUAACAACCACGGCUCUGCUGUCUCGAACACGCCCACCACCAAGACGAGUCCUAGUACAACGGUAUCGGUGAACGGGGGCACGGGAAACGUGAUUCAGGACGGAGUCCCCGACGGUGGCACGAGCAGCAGUGAGGCGAGAAUGCAAGGGACGAUUAAUCCAAAAGGCGAUAAUGAAAUAGAACAGCUAUCCGACUUAUUGGAAGCAAAUAUCAACCAGUAUCCUGCGGGGAGGGGCAGUAGUGGUGCCGGGGUUGUGGGUGGAACUGCAUUCGGUAGCUGGAGAGGGAGAGAAUACGGAUUUGGGAACAGACGGAGGAGAGACAACCGAGCGAGCACUUUCGGUUUUAACCGCAGUUUAUUGAGUAUUAGCAGCAACUCUGCUGUGGACGACGCUGGAUGCCGUAGAGUUGGUUACACGGACACGCCUUGGAAAACCAGGAACUACCCUGCAGGGAUUUUGGGGCUCCAUGAGGAGAUCCAGGACUUCUAUGCCUACAUGUCUCCGCGGCCGGAGGAGGAGAGGAUGAGGAGGGAGGUGGUGGAGAGGAUCGAGAGGGUCAUUAAGGACCUUUGGCCCACUGCUGACGUUCAGGUAUUUGGAAGUUUCAGCACUGGUCUCUAUCUACCCACCAGUGACAUUGACCUGGUGGUGUUUGUGAAGUUCAGGGAAGGAGACACCCUCCCUCUAUGGAGGUUAGAAGAGGCACUGAGGAAACACAAAGUGGUGGUGGAGAAUUCUGUAAAAGUGCUGGACAAGGCCACGGUGCCAAUCAUCAAACUGACAGACUCUCUCACGGAGGUCAAAGUUGACAUCAGUUUCAACAUGAAGAAUGCUGUCAAAGCUGCUGCCCUCAUCAAAGAUUAUAAAAAGAAAUAUCCUGUGCUUCCGUACCUGGUGCUAGUCCUGAAGCAGUUCUUAUUACAAAGAGACAUGAAUGAAGUGUUUACAGGAGGCAUCAGUUCCUACUGCCUCUUCCUUGUCGCUGUCAGCUUCUUACAGCUCCAUAGCAGGGAGAACGCCUGCAGUCCCAACGCCAACACUGGCAUCCUACUCAUAGAGUUCUUUGAGCUGUACGGCCGCCAUUUUAACUACAUGAAGACGGGGAUCCGGAUCAAGGACGGGGGCUGCUACCUCUCCAAAGAUGAGGUCCAGAAGAGCAUGCUGGAUGGAUACAGACCUUCCCUGCUCUACAUCGAGGACCCACUGCAGCCAGGUAAUGAUGUGGGCCGUAGCUCAUACGGGGCCAUGCAGGUGAAGCAGGUGUUUGACUAUGCCUUCAUGGUGCUGAGCCACGCUGUGUCGCCCAUCGCCAAGUACCACCCCAACAACCACGGCGAGAGUAUACUGGGCAGAAUCAUCCGGGUGACCCAGGAAGUUGCUGAAUACAGAGACUGGAUCACCAUGAAGUGGGCUGACCUAUCACUGAACUCCCUGACCUUAAACGGUACAUUGCUGGUGGAGCUUCAGCAGAUGGAGGAAUGCAUUAACAAUCUCUCUGAGGAAGGGGCGGAAUCCCCCAGCUCCUCCUCUCCUCCCCCCUCUUCGUCAUUCUCUUCGCCACAAUAUUCAUCGGCUAGCUCCAGUGACGCUGAUUCGGACGGAAGCCGCUGUAAACCGGUGUCUACGACACGGGGUAGGCAAGGCUCAUCUGCACACAGUGCCGGAUUGACCAAUCACAGGGAUACAAGUUCCUCUUCUGGCAGCCGCGUAAGCCAGUCGAACAAGAGCAAGGUGGACAGAGCAAGUUUGACGUCUUGUCAGAACAGCCAUGCCAACACACAGCCAAGCACAGGAACAGGACAGUCAUCAGACAGCAACAGCAGGAGCCACCGAGACAGCAAGCAGAGCUGUCCUGGCAGGAGGAGGAAACCCCAGCCAAAGCACCAAUGUAAACCUGCAGUGCAGGACCUCUGUAGAUAGGGGGCGCUAUGUCACGGAACUCAACUCCACUCUCUCUGUGCUGCCGAAAUGGAAGGAUCGAGGCAAUCUUACCAGGGCUUUUGGUAGUGAUAUUUUUUAAGCCAAGUUAGAAGGAGAUUCCUCCUAUUUCUGUCAGUUGAAAUGGCAGAUUGACACUAUCCUCGUCUUGAGGGCGAAGUCUUUCUGUAAUAUGAAUAUGGAGGAAGGUCGUCAAGCCUCAUCAGUUGUUCCUGAACUUUAGCAGUGGCAGUACCCCCUGGUGCAUUGGACUAGCAGAAGUGGGAAAACCUUUUUUGGGUGGGUCUCUUUUACUUACUGGCAAUUCAACUUUACAGCAGAAAUGACAAGGGAAAAUGAAUGGUAUAAAACUAUGGAUAUUAUUACUAUAUUGGGGAAAAUGUUUGCACUGACAAAACGAGUCGUUGAACAUUUAAGUUUUUCAGCAACUCAUCUCCUUAAUUUGCAAUGGAAAAAGUAGAACACAAAAUAUUUGUGUGAUUUUAAAAAGGCAAAAUGGCGGGGAAAGGAAGAAAAACAUUACAAUGACUAGCGAUUGUAUAUUUUCUUUACCAGCUGAAUUAAAAUGAAUAUUGAUUUGCGAUCUGUUGUGGACUGGGCCAAGUGUGGGUUCUAAGUGCCAUCUCCAACCAUCAGCAGAAUAGAUCCUUGAGUUGCUACAGCCCAAAUGGACCAGUUUCCUUGCAUAACGGGGAUGAUUUUUGUAAUGAUCUGUUCAAUGGCUAUUUCACAGUACUGUUUAAUCGGCGUAAUAGCGAACAGUUUAAUGUUCCUACUGGUAGAAUACACAUUACCACAAUAUCUGUAGUUUGCAAACUUCCUAAUAUGAACAUAUCCAGUACUCAACUAUUUUGCCUAUUACAAAAUGAUUUAUGUAUUUAUUUUUGUAGUAUAUUUAUAUGAAUCUAUAAUGUGAAUGGGUAUGCAUGGAACGCUUAGCAAUAGCCCGUAUGCCUGUUUAAGAGAUGGUUGAGAUGCACAUUUUGAGCUGAAUAUCUCAGACACAGGCUGUCUCCUAAUAGUCAUACAAUUUCCUUAACCUAUCUGGGCUGGGAGGUGUCCAGCACUUUGCUUUCUCUUCCUGUCUAAGUCUUAGCCCUUUAGCAUUCACAGAUCGAAAAGGAUCAGACUGGAUGUAAGCAAUAUGGUGAUGGGACCUCCUAGCUUUUAAAGAGGCUGAGUGCAGCUUCUGCCAAGUUGCUUUCAUCCAUCCAAUCCUUUCAGAUCCACAAAAAGAAUAUUGGCCUAAUUUUGACAGUACAAAUAAAUUGUCCUAAUGUUAAUUGAGAACAUAAUACAUAUUUUACUUGUAACUGUAUUUAUUUAAAGGUUACAGAAUGUUUAUACAACAGCACUUAUUUUUAUGUUGUCCAAAUUCCAGCAUAUAAGGGUAGGGUUGGGCCACUGCUGGUCCUGGAGUUAGCAAUUCUCUUUGACACCCCUCUCCAUGAUUUAGUACUUGUUCCCAGAAUUGACCUCACAAAACAUUUUGCAGUUCAGUUGUAUCCAGACAUUGGUUCCAACCUUCAAGAUACUUUUGUAUUUAAAGUGUAUGUGGACACCCCUUCAAAUUAGUGGAUUCGGCUAUUUCAGCCACACCCGUUGCUGACAGGUGUAUAAA